CUUCACUUGCACAUAAAGAAACAUUCAAAAAUAGUACUCGUAUAAUACACACUAAACAAAACAAAAUUCAUAAAUAUAUAUAUUUGUAUCACUAAUAAUUAAUAUAAUAUAACGAUGAUGAUGAUGAUAAAAUCAGUUCCGUAUUCCGUUAAUUUACCGCCGUUAGUUCCCCCUCCUCCUCCGUCAACGACCAUAUGCUGUUCGUCAAGAAACAAUGGGUAUAUACCAAAGCUUGAGCCGUUUAGUAGAAGCAAAUUUGACAGAAUCGUUAAGGAUCCUCCCCUCAUCCAAAAAUCCGAAAAUGAUUUAGCAGAUUAUUGUUCAACACUGGAAGGCGAUCCAUCUUAUAGCUGCUGGAGAGCUUAUUUUGAGCUCAAAGAUUUUGAAAAAGAAGCGCCAAAGGAAGUGGUGGAGAGAGUGAUAAUAGAAUCAGGAGGCGUAAAAUCAUUGAUCGGAUGCUUACACGGAAUCUCGGAAAUCCACAAGGCAAAAAAAGAACUAGACCAAAAGAACGAAACAAACGUCGUCAAUGAACUGAAAUCGGAGAAUACACCAUUAGCAGCAACAGCAACAGCUGUUGAAAGUAGACGAGCAUGUCCUGUACCAAGCGGAUUGCCGAAGAGUAGGGAAGAAAUGGAGGAAGAAGAAAAAGGGAGAAUGCCCGAUUCCCCUUUCACUCGAUUGCUUCGGUCUAAAGGAAGGUCCCCUGCUUGGUUCUCCCCUACUCCUGAUCACUAAACCUCAAAUCAUUUCAACUGUCUGAGUGAUUUUUGUAAUUUGUAUUUUUAUCACUGUAUGUACAUAUAUAUAUACAUAUAUCUUGUUGCUAGUUUGUAUCAAUAGUUUGCUUAUUCACCUGUUCCUGUA